AUGCCGCGCAGCCCCGACAGGCGCAAACACAGGCAGAGGAGCAGGUCGUCGUCUCGAAGGAGGUCCCGACGGCAGCCGUCUCCGUCCGCCUCUUCCGAUGGCGAUUCCGAUGGCGGCCGCCAUCGGCCGCGGUCCCCAAGGAGAAGGGCCAGCCGGGAGGACGCCAGGGCGUUGAAAGUCCAUGCGAACAGGAGAUACAGGACCAAGGGGUCUCAGGCGAAAAAGGAGAAAUCUGGAAGAUCUGAAAAGCGGCUACAGCUGUCACAGCUGGAGGAUGAGACCCUCAAACGCGUGGAAGAAGCGAUACGGAGCAGGGUAGAUGAGCUCAUGGCAUCGGCGGGUGUUCAGAAGAAAAUCGAGGCAAGAUUGCGGGAGGAGCGCGCAAAAUUGGAGGAGAAGGUCACAACACAGCUGGAAGAAGAAAGGAGGUUGCUGUUGGACAAGAAAAGAAGGGAGCAAGAGGAGCAGAAAAGAAAGCAGGAGGAGUUGGAGGCGAUCCUGGAACAGAAUAGACAGAAGGUCGAGGAGGCACAGCGUAGAGCAGCUGAGGAGCGAAGGAAAAGAGAUUUGGACAGGCUGUGA